AUGGAGGUCGCUGAAGAGAAAUUAAAGACAAAACUCGCUCAAUUAAACUUAACAGCGAAUAGAACAGCGUCUAUUGUGGAAAAGGGGCAUGUGGAAGCGAUAGAAAGGCAUAAAAAUACACUGAGAACUGUGAUAAAUGAAAUAGAUCAAUUGCGUAUUGAAAUCGAAGCGUACAAAAUAUCAGGGAAAACUGGGGACGAAGAAUUAGAUGCGUGGAAUGAGAAUAUUGAUACGCAUAUUGCAAAGGGUGAUCAAAGCGUAGAAACCUUGAAAGAUUGGCUAAAUAAUCGAAAGACAGAGCGUAAAACACACGAGAGAGAAGAGCAGAUCCAAUUCGAGGUCAAGUUGCAAGAGACCAAAGCUAUGUUCAAGUCAAAACCUGAGAGAAAUCAAGACAGUUCUCCCCAAUCUCAUAGCGAAGCAACAAAUGUUCAAGCGAAACUACCUAAAUUAGUCAUCACUAAAUUUAACGGGUCAUUUACUGAUUGGAACAGAUUCUGGGGUCAAUUUACGGAGUCAAUUGACAAAUCCAGUUUGCCAGCGAUUACUAAAUUCUCAUACUUGAGGGAACUGUUAGAAGACAAAGUGAGAAAAACUGUAGAAGCGCUGCCAUACUCAGCAGAGGGUUAUGAUAGAGCGGUAGCCAUCCUUAAAGAGAAGUACGGGAAGGAACGGGAGAUUGUUAAAGCUUAUGUGAAGGAAAUAUUAGAGCUUCCCCCAGUUCACACAGCCAAUGCAAGGAAGAUUCAUGAGUUCUGUGAGAAACUAACAUACAAUGUGCAAUCACUCCAGACCAUGAAUAAACUUUCUCAAGUAGAUGGAGCAGUGGCAAUGACUUUAGAUAAAUUACCAGCUAUCAGAGGAGAUCUCGUUCGCACAGACCAAGACUGGGAAAAUUGGGAUUUUGUACAACUUACAGAGGCCCUUCGACUGUGGGCAAGAAGAAACCCGAUCACUGAGAACUCCAACUCCGAAGACAAGGAUCGAAGACGAGACAGAAUGGGUCGGACUUACCACACUCGCCAAGGGACUGGGGCACAACGUGUGUGUGUAUAUUGCAAUGCUACUGAUCAUAAAUCAACAAGCUGCCCAACAGUUAAAACAUCAGAGGAGCGCAGAAAAAUACUAGCAAGUAAAAAACUGUGUUUCAACUGUACUGGAGCCUCCCACCGAGCAGCGGAAUGCAAAAGUACUGUGACCUGUCACGACUGUGGUAGACGACAUCACACCUCAAUCUGUGAAAAUCCAAAGAAACCUGAGGGGUUCAUGUCAGCCCAUAGAGCAGAAGACAACCAAGUUAUUUAUCCAGUGGUGGUCAUUGAAGUUGAUGGUAUAAAAACAAGAGCUCUACUUGACACCGGCUCAGGGAGUUGCUAUGCCUCAGCCAAACUUAUAGAUGCUUUGAACAAGAAACCGAGGGAGAUCCAAACAAAACGGAUUGAAAUGAUGCUGGGAUCAACAACAACCAGAGUUGAAAUCUACCCUGCAACUAUCAAAGGAGCUGAUUGUCAAUUCACAAUGGAAGUCGAACUAUCCAAGGUCCAUAAGCCACAACUGAUGGAAAUUGAUAAUCCUCGGUAUGAAAGAGUUGUUAAGCAAGUACAGCCAUUUGAAGGGAGUAAGAAUAGAUGA